AUGGCUCCAGGUGCAAUAACAGACGAGCAAGCCGUCACCGUCCAGAGCAAGGCAAGCUCUCGGCCUCGUCUCUAUGAGAAUGCCAACCAGGAGGAGCUAGCAGAGAAGACUUCAAAGUAUCUGCUAUACUUCGGCACUAAGUUCAAUAAGGAUGUGAUUACAGGCGCGGAGGGUCUCUAUGUAUACACCGCUGGCGGUAACAAGGUCCUAGAUUGGACAUCUGGACAGAUGUCAUGUUUGCUAGGUCACGGUCAUCCUGAGAUCGUCAAAGUCAUUAGUGACCAUGCCAAGUAUCUGGACCACUUGUUCUCUGGCAUGGUCUCCCCGCCAGUCAUCUCCCUUGGAGAGCGACUAUGCACCGCCUUGCCGGCAGGGCUUGACAAGGCAUUCUUUCUCUCUACUGGAGGAGAGAGCAAUGAAGCUGCCAUCAAGAUGGCAAAGGUCUACACUGGCAAGUUUGAGAUCGUCGGUCUCGGAGCAAGCUGGCACGGGGUCACGGCCCAGGCGCUGGGCACACAGUACCACUACGGCAGAAAGGGCCAGGGCCCACUCAUGCCUGGUAUGCUUAUGCUUCCGCCGCCUAAUGGCUACCGAUCUACGUUCAGGAAACCAGAUGGCUCCUACGACUGGGAGGCAGAGCUGGAGUUUGGGUGGAAGAUGAUCGACAUGCAAUCGUGCGGAAGCCUCGCAGCCUGCAUUGUCGAGUGUAUCCAGAGCUCGGCAGGCAUGCACGUCUUGCCGCCAGGAUACCUCAAGGCUCUCAAAAAGCACUGCGAGAAGAGAGACAUGUUGCUCAUUGUGGACGAGGCACAGACCGGCGUGGGCAGGUGUGGUGAUUUUAUGGCCAUCAACCACGCUGGCGUCACCCCUGACAUUUUGACACUGUCGAAGACUUUGGGCAACGGCUUGCCUCUUAGUGCGGUUGUCACAAGUGCAGAGAUUGAGAAGGUCUGCAUCGAGAGGGACUACUGCUUCUAUACUACCCAUGUCAACGACCCCUUACCCGCAGCUGUGGGAGAUAAGGUUCUCGAGAUUGUCCUACGGGACAACCUUGUAGAACAGUCCCGUCGCUCUGGUGAGAUCCUACAUAGUGGUCUGAGGAGACUUCAGGAGAGGUAUGGGUGCAUCGGCGACGUCAGAGGCAGAGGUUUGAUGGCUGGAGUGGAGAUCGUGAAGGAUAGAGAAACGAAGCAACCAGCGCUAGAGCUGGCCAAAAAGGUUGGAGACAGGGCUUACGAACUAGGUGUAUGGGCAAACUUGAGCAGCCAUGAGAGCUUUGGGGGCACGUUUAGAAUUUGCCCUCCUAUCACAGUUAGUGAGACUCAGCUCAAGGAGGGUUUAGCGGUGCUGGAGCAGGCCUUCGCGGAGGUUGAGGGAACCAUGCCGCUGUACUGA